AUGGGGCUUUCAAGCGCUAUUACUAUAAUAGGUUUAAGGGCACAUGCGAGAUAUUCACCUAUGGUGGUUGUCAAGGAAAUAAAAAUAAUUUUCUUACUAUGGAAGCCUGCGAGAACACGUGUAAUAGAGGUAUUUGUUCUGUGUGUCAUUUUAUAUUUCUCAAUAUUGAUUCAUUAG